CACGCAUGCGCAGUUUCGACUUCCCUGUAAACGAUUUGCGAACCAUUGCGGCUCACCAGAAUUAAAAUGGCAGGGCGAACCGUUUCUGUUAUAUUUCUAUUUUUUGUCAGUAUAAAGCGUGCCGAGUCAUCGCCGAAUACGGAAAAUAUCCUGAUCAACGUGACAGCGGGGGCGUUGGCAGAUACACAAGAGUCUAACAACUUGCAGCUUCGUUUGGACAUCUCGGUGGGCAAGGAGGAGGUAUUGGUAAACGAUGUUCCUGUUCACUUGUCCGGGGUGACCAGAUUCAACUGUCCAGCGCUUCUCUUGGAUAGCACGAAUGCAAGCAGUGAGUAUGAAGGUGGGGACUUGGUAUCUACUGUCACCCGGGUUAUGGUGACGCAGAACCGACUGUAUAGUGACUUGGAAGAGGUGGUGGCUCUGCAGGUGUUUAGCGAAGUCAUUGAGUUGGAGGGCAAACAGGUUCAACAGCCUGACAUGUGUGAGGUGAAAAUACUGAUGAGCCCUGAUUUCCAGAAGGUGGCUCAGAUGACCAACAUUUACCCCAUCGAACUCAGUGAGAUCUUCAGGGUUUCCAGAGACAACGACGUGGUCGUCACAGAUCCAACCAAGCGUAGAAAAGAGGAGCAAAUGUUGCCGCAGACGACAAGUCAGUCCCCACUGAAACACUCCGAGACGACGCAAGAGGAGAUCGCAGCUCCUGGCAAACUCCCGGAGACUCCACUUCGCAUGGACCCCGAUCUCAUGAAGGAUCUCCAAUAUGAAGAAGCCGAAGAUCGAGACCUGGGCCAACAAGACCAGAUUCCAAUUGAGAGUUCGCCAAAAGAAUUCCUCUCAUACUCGGCCGUGUGUCGCUGGGUGGAAGAUUUCAGGGAGCGUUUGAGGCACUUCUGCGCCGAGUCACUGCCCCUCUUCUUCUUGGUUAUGUGGGUGGUUGUCAUUGGUGUCGUUGGCUCAGCGGUCAUUGUCAAGAUAUUGGACUUGUUCUUCCCAACUUGUGAACACAAGCGUAUUUGUCAUCUGAACUCAGUCACUCUGUUGCCGGACGAUGAGAAGCACACGCUCCUGGAGAAUACAGAAUUAGAAGAGGAGGAUGAGAUGAAGCCUUAAAGGAAGACGAAAAUGGCUGGCUACCUUAGUGUCAGUUUUUUCUUUUUUUUUUUCUUCUUCUUCUCUUUUGCAUCUCGUGGUCUUACGAGAAGUCAUGGCCUGGUCCCCGUUUGCUGUAAAUUAAAAGGGUUUGUCUUGAUGGCAUUUAGCACAGAUGCAGUCGGUAUCCAUCAAAUUGCCUUCAGGCCAAUUGGUUGGGUUCUUUCAGACAUCACAGUUUAUCGAGGAUCUUUAUUUGCCGUCUGCGCGUUGUCUCCAAACACGAACCACUCGAGAAGCGCGGAGACGAUGUGAAGAAAGGUGGCGUCAAGGAACCGUCACGCACACGAUGGCCAUAUCCUUGGGUACAUUUUGAUUGGUCUUAUUUCGAUGUGUGGCAAACUAUGAGAACACUUUGGCGUCGUGCUUCCCUAUAGCACUGAAAACAAACAACAACCACAGCAGAUUGUAAAUGCAAGACGGGUAUUUAUCCAUUGCACAUUUUAGUCGAGAGUUCGUAAUAGAAGUUCAGAUGUCAAAAAUGGACCAAAAAGUCCUAUUUCAAUUUGGUCAAAUUUAGGAUUUUCUGAGUUAAGACUUAUUUACUUACCCACAAUGAUGAGCAUGCACACGCGUUAUUGCGUAUUGGAGUGGGUGGGGAAAUCCUAAAGAUUUCUGGUGAAAUGCACUGUGGUGUUCACAAUUUGUAGUUAUAUUUGUAAAGGCAUAAUUCAUGUGUCGGAUUAGACCUCAUCCUGGUAUGCAGGUGUACCUAAUUGUCUGGCCGGGAAGUGGAUAUAUUUAAAAUAUUGUUGCAUUUAUUGUAGUUUUUUUUUUGUUUUUUUUUUUUAAAUCUAAAUUGACACAUUUAUAUCCAUAAACAUGUCAAAUCUGUCUCAUGCACUUCAAGUAGAAUUGUUAUUUUCUUACCCCCACACGUGAAUGGCACCUUCCAGAUACGCUCAGUUUUGGGAUGUUAUUUGAUGUCCUUUUCACAAUCCCACACUGGCGAUUUCGUGUUGGAUGAGUCGGGGGCAGUUGAAUGUGUGUUUUUUGAACUAUUAGUACAAAAAAAGCAUGUACACGAUACAAACACGACCCCCCCCCCCCCCCCCCCCCCCCCCCCCAACCCCAACUUGUCUUUUACAAUCAUCCUGGACUCAAAUCAAUACGAAUGCUUCAGUUAGGAGUCAAGGAGGCGGUGAAGGCAGACAAGGGAAAUUUAAGAAGCCUUUAUCCCUUGUCAUGCUUUCUUCAAAGAAACACACUAUUAUACACUAUAUAAUUUUGCACACGGACCCGUGAGCAUCUGAGGCCGCGCGGCUCCGUGGUCCAUUUUAGCGGCACAUUGCAUGACGUACUGCAUUACGGAGAUGCAUGUGUAAUCAAUGCAGUGAAUACAUUUUGCUGUUCUAUCUCCAGCAUGGGAAUUCAAUGGUGACAGGUUAAUUGGAACGCAUGGCUUCGAUUCUAAAUCGAUUCGCUAAGUUUUUUUUACAGAUUGCUCCUGGUGGUAAGAUACUGUAUAGGCAUGCACGGACGGAUUAAAAUGUUCUUUGAAUCGUAUUCGGCCACGUUUGUUCGCAUAUAUUUCAUCAAUUACUACUGGACUGCGUAUGUGCGCGCGCACGCGCGCGCGUGUGUGCGUGUAUAUAACCCUGUGAAUUAAAGGCUUUAUCGCCAUC